CUCGCGUUUGUUCCUUUCUCUUUUUUUCCCUGGAACGUGGUUCGAUUCCGUGCUCAUUUUCUUCUAUUUUCACCAAAGUAAACCCCAAGGACAGGAAGCCACAACUCUCUCGAAUCGCCGUUGGUCGACACUCAACGGGGCAACGCGUUUUCUGUUUCUCACCUUCAGUUCGCUGGAUUCCCCCGCCCAGUUUCUCUUCUUUCCCUUCUCUUCCACGCUUCCUGUACGGUUUUUCUCGGUCUCAGCUCGUUAGUUGCCUCCACGCACAUGGGGUCGCUCUCCUCGAGCGCCGCGCCUCUCUUUUUUUACGCGCUCUACCCUCUCGUUUUCUGAUCGAGCGUUGCCUCUUCCCGAGACCUUUCUCUGGGGAGAGGAUACAUCGUACGAGUUCGACUCCUCGUUCAGGUCUUGAAGGUCGUCUGCCCUCGCUCAUAUCUGCUUCUCCCCUGAGCGCGCCUGCUGACCACGAUGGCUGCCGUUUCGUCUUUUUCUUCGACUUCGGCGAGAGCAGAAGAAGAAGGGAGGGCGCCAGGCGAGGAGUUCAGAAGAGCAGAAGAGAGAGGACGCAGGGGCGCGGGGGGCACCCAGUUGUCUUACGGCGAAGGCGAACGGCGGCGCGACCGAGAUGCAGAGAGGGAGAGUUACCUGCGCAGACACAAAGAAGACUCCAGACACGAGCGAGAAAGGAGGAGACACCCGUGUCCAUCCGACCACAGACUGGGGGCCUUCUCUUGGCGACGGUAUAGACAGCGAAACUCCCCCGAGGUCGAGGGCUACGCCCCCCGACGAAGUCGGAGCCGGACGCCUUCUUACGAGUCUGCUCGACGAGGUCGAGACAGAAGAAGAGACGAAGAUAUCUCCUACCGAAGCCGACAGAGAAGCAGAGAGAGAGAGCGAACUCAAUGGAGAACCCCAGGGCCCCGAACAGACCACAGGGAAGACAACUACUCGAGCAGGAGAGAGCGACGACGGAGCUUCUCCGACGACCCUGGGAUGGACCGAAGAGACAGAGGACGCGAUGCCAGAGGAGACAGCUACAGAGACCUUCGAGAAGAGGCAGGCGGAGACAGCCGCAGCGGGAGAAGGGAGGACUCAGGAAGGCGUGAGGAGACAGAGGGACGACACGGCGGAGACACUCCAGACGAACGCGAGACCUGCACUGGCAUUCAAUUCAGUCCCUGCUCGCAAACGAACAGAGAUGAACGAGCUGUUGAAAUUGAAGACGAAGGCGCAGGUCCAGUCGGCGCGUCCACCUCGGCAUCUCCUCUCAUUCUUCGUCCUCGAGGGGAUGGAGUAGGACCGGCGCAUCCUUCGACUUCGUCGCAGCUGCCUCCUCCCUUCAAGUCCUCCUACGGGGCCACCGACGGCGACUACAGAGGCCCUCUGUCUGGGUCCGUCGUUCGCUUGUCGCCGGUCUCCGCGCCCGCCCAGGGCUUCGCUCUGGGGCAGCGAGGCCCCGAAGAUGCCACGACGGGAUUCCCAGGAGACAGGCACGAAGGGGCUCAAAGACAGCAGCAUGCGUUCGACGAUGGGAGCCGACACAGGGGACCCGAGGGCGUGCGUCUCGCUCAGGCCGUGACACCGGGUAUGGGAGGUCGCCCUGACGCCGCGGGCGCGGAACCGAACUCUCUGCAGCCCUUUGGAGCCCAGAUGUGCCGUCCCCCGCCUCCGCCUGCUCCGACUGCGUUUCCGUCUGUCCCGCACAGUCAAAGUGACAACCACUUUCGACCUUCCCUCUCGUCGCAGCAUCCUUCACAUCCUCAUUCCUUUCCUCCGCCGAGCUGUCCUCCUCACUUUCCUUCGCCUGCUCCGCCCCUCACGGGCCCACCAGCCGGCCUCUGUCCCCGCCCCGGGGACGGGUCCCUCGGGCACUGUCGCCCGCCGUACCCCCCGCCUUUGGUCAUGGGCGCGGCUGGCGGCAGAGCGGUGCCGGGAAACGGAGAAGGUCCGAUGUUCCUCAAUGCCUCUUCUGGGUUUCCGCCCUCUGGCCCUCUACCGAAUCCGACGCACGCCAUGGUUGCUCCGCCUCCGUACUUUGGGCCCCCCCGAAACGGCGGGGGCCUGAGGCCCGGCCCUCCACCCCUGCGACACGGGCCACCUGCAGGCCCGUUGGGCUCCGACGCGCCCGGACGUCCGCCGCUCGGGACCGGCGGCCCCCCGCCCAACUGGGUCUCGGGGCGUGGCGAGGAGAACCCUCGCGGCCCCGAGGCUCCAGGCCGGCCAGCGAUGCAGCGGCCGUUCGAAGAGGGGACGUGGAGAGAGACAGGGGGCCCCGGCUUCCACGACGAAGGCGCGACCUGCUGCGGCGCAGAGAACACUGCUGGGACCGCACCCGUCGUCCUCAGGCUUGCAGGUGUUCCAGGCCCUUUUCUCACACAUGAAAACAUGCUCUCCUUCUGCUCCAUGUUCGGCCAGGUCGCUCACGUCGACGUACAGCCGGGGCAACAGUCAGUUCGCGCCACGUUCGCCGAUCCAGCCGCAGCUGCGGAGGCCGGGCGGAAUGCUCCGCGAGCAUUUGGGGCUCCUGCUCUUGUCGUUGAAAUAAUCUCGCAACUCAGUGGCGUCUCCGGGGGAGCUGUCUCCGCGGUAUCCCCUCCCUCUGCGCUCCACGAAGGAAGCGCGUCGAACGCCGUCCUAAUUCACACGCCGGGUUCCAACAAGUUUGUGUCUGCGGAGUAUGUGGAGAAGCAGAAGCAACUGGAGGAGCUGCAGCGGAAGAGAGAGCAGUGCGCGAAGAAAAAGCAGGAGUUACUUGCGAAAUUGACUGAAAGUCUAAAGGAAGCGAUCGCACGCCUGACAGACGCUCAGACGCCCGAAAACGAAAAGGAGGCGGUGCGCGCCAUGAUUGCGUCUAUCAAAGAGAAAAUCUCUCUUCUCUCCGACGACAAGCAAAAAGACGCUCGUCCGGAAGAGGAAGUACGCUUGGAAGAGAAGCUGCGCCGCCUCCAGGCCGAAGCUGUCGCUCGUGGCUUAAACCCGCGCCUGCUGCUCCAACAGGCGGCCGCCCAAAAUCCUUACAAGCUCGACUUCCGAACGACUUACAUCAAGUGUUCAGGUCCCGCUCUUGACAACAUCCAAGACCAGGAAACCUUUACCGAGUGGGUGCUCGCUCACUCAGAUGCACUCUUGGCUGACGCAAUCGAGGCCAUACUCAGAGUCGAAGAAGGCGGCACAAGUUUCUCCUGCCUCAAGUACAUCAAUCGACAAGCGGCCGAACAGGUGAUGAGAAAUCGCGCGUCGCUGGAUGCGCACUUGGAGUGGAUGGCGCCGCCGGCGCUGCCGGAGGCGCCUGCAUGCGCCUCGGACGCGUCGCUGUUUGAGGCCCGCGAGGGCGAAGAGGAGCCACGGACCUCUUCCCUCGCUGCGGCGUAUGACUCCCCUCCCGGCUUCGCUGCGGCUGCGUCGAGCGACGACCUUGACGGCCGGCGUUCUCUCCUCGACAGCGAUUUAGAGGCCUUGAGGCGAGAGGAGAGUCGAGCGGAAGAGAGAAACGCGGCUGUUGCCCACACGCCUGGCACAAGCGACAAAACACGAACGGGCCAGACAGCGAGCCGAGACGGAGGCAAACCAUUCGACCAGCACCACAGCCUCCAUGAGACUGAGGUCGACUACGACUUCGAGUAAUGGGACGCGGCCCCAGAGCCCAGAGACAAAGAGACAAAGGGAGACUUUCUCCCUCGACAUCCGUGGAGUCUCUACCGAGUGCCUCUGGAACAUCUGGAACCAGCAGAGUUCUGAACACUUUGCAUGCGCGGUCUUGUCCGCGGCGCCUUUCUUGUGUUGACGUUUGUUUGUUUUGCCGACGACGUACAUGUGAUCUGUCUCUGACACACGGGGUCGUCCUUCCUUCCUUGCGCAACCCCCACACUCUGGGGAACAGGGUUCCUAAGGUGACCUCGGCUCGUCAACAGCUGGAGGUGCUUAGGAGAAGCAGCGAAGGCUGUUCAAUUGAAGGGGGAGGGUUUGGGCUUGGAACUUCCCUGCGGACUGCCUCGUGUGCCUUAAGUUGGCCUGAAAAAAAAGGGAAACGUAGGCGAGAGCUCGACACCAGCCCCUGCACGUAGGGCACAGAGACGAGACAAAAACACAGCUGAAAAUAAACGUUGAUCGAAUCAAAAAAUGGCCAACUUGCCAGGUGAUACCGUCUCAACACAUGUGGGAGAGAACCAGAGGAAAGAGAAGGAAAGACAAGACUGAGGGAGGGAGCGAAGACAGAAUGAGAAACAGACGAACUCGCGCGUCUCGUCCGUCGUUCUCUGCGUGACGGCGCAAAAGGUUACGGUAGACAAACAGGGACAAGAGGCUUUCUGUGGACAGGAGGACUUCGAGACAAGUCGACAUCUCGCUUCCUUCCUGUUGACGUCAGGACAUGCUCGCGAGCGGGAUUCGUCUCUGGUAUCGACGCCGCGUUUGUCACCCUGUUCUUGUAGUGGUCCUUUGAGUUGCUGUUUUGAGAUUCUCUCCGCGAUUUCGCACUCUCUGCAUUUCCGUUAGAAACUGUUGCGGGAGUGCAGUUUUCUUAUUGUCCCUGCGCUGUCUUUCCUUUCUUAUCACCCUGCUUUGUUUCUUCGUCCUUUUGCUUUUUUCAACCAGUCUUUUCCCUCUCGCUUUGUUUUUUUUUCUGCAUCCACUGUCUGUCACCGGUUUCUACGGUCCUAAAACCCUCUCGUUCUCUCGUGGGCCUUUUUCCCUCCUGUCUGCAGCAUCUGUGUUGCUCCUGUCUUCGGCAGCUGUGCUCUGCGUCUGGGCGUUUACCUUCACCCUCACUUGUUCAGUUUUCACUCCUGCCUUUGCACCGUCCACCAGCUGUCGGCUGUUUUUUAUGUCCACGCGCCACCUGUCGUUUGCUGUGCCCCCUACAACUAGUCUGCUCGUGCCUUUCGGACUUCGUUCUUUCCUUGAUUCGCUUCCAAAUCUCACAGCGCUUGCCGCGUUGUUCCCUCACCCGGUGUGUGUGAGACUUCCUCUGCACUCCGUGUUUCCUUUGUAACCAUGCUCUACUUUUUUUGCCGGC